AUGCGACAGACAGGUCCAACCGGAAGUGGAGGUACAGGGAGAGCCGGACUGCUGCACGGAAGGCCAAAACAGGGCUGCUAUCACAACCGGUUGCUUUAUCAGCCCAUGGAUGACGUCAUCGUUGGCACGAUUGGUGACAGGUGUUACGGCUACUACUGCGAGGGUGACAACAUUUUCGUGCACUGGGAGGAUGUCUGCGUCGCACCGUCAGCUACGGCGUCGGCAUCGGCUGCAGACACAAGCAGCGCACGUUCGUCCGUUUCAAGUGAAGGUGACCGUCGAAUCACAGGAUGUUUACACCAAGGAAACCACUACAACCCGUCAGAGGACGUCAUUCUCGGACACAUCGGGGACAUUUGCUACGGCUACUACUGUGAAGCCGACAAUGUCUUCGUUCAUUGGGAAGAAAGGUGUAAGCAUGGCCACAGUCCAUGGCAUAGAAAUGCUCCGGGCGGAGUAGCCAACAGGGGCGUGGCCAGACAAGGCUGUCACCAUAGGAACAUGUAUUACCAGCCAGGGGAGGAGGUGAUAGCGGGAACAAUUGGUGAAUUCUGCUACGGCUACUAUUGUGAGGCGGGGAACCUGUUCGUGCACUGGGAGGAGAGGUGUAGUGAUGCAAAUGGCAUAAAGUGACAAUAAUUUACACAUGCAUUUGUUUUGAUGAGAAUCUAUAUACUUUUUGCUUGAUCCUAUAACGGUCCCUGGUGUGCUGCAAACAUAUAAGAAUUAAGAAACACAGAGGACUUGUUACGGGCGUAAACCAUACCUUAACACUACUAGUAGCUUGUGUCACGGACUCUAGAUUACACUAUAUACACUCGUGCUUGUGUGUAUGUUUAAAAUUCAUAUAUAAUUAACCCAUAUGCAUUUUGUAUUUGCGAUUUUCCACGUUCUGCAUAUUUCACUAUCUAAGUUCAUACGAUGUUAAAAAAAUAAUAUUUGUUGUUUUGAGUACCCAUAUAAUCACAAGUCGCAAUCGUA